AUGGCUCCACGGCAUGGCUCCAACCUGGCCCGGCACCAGCUUAUCCAGCUUAUUCACCUGGGGCAGAAGCCACGUCAGUGCCCGAAGUGUGGCGAGAGCUUCAACGUGUCCUGCUACCUGACCAACCUCCAGCUCAUGCACACCAGGGAGAAGCCACAUCGGUGCUCUCGGUGUGGGAAGAGCUUCACCUGCCCCUCCCACCUGGCCCAGCACCAGCUCAUCCACACGGGGGAGAAGCUACACCAGUGCUCUGAGUGUGGCAAGAGCUUCACCCAGUCCUCCCACCUGACCCAGCACCGGCUCAUCCACACCGGGGAGAAGCCACAUCUGUGCCCAGAGUGUGGGAAGAGCUUCACACGAUCCUCCCACCUGGCCCGGCACCAGCGUGUCCACACCAGGGAGAAGCCACAUCGGUGCUCUCGGUGUGGGAAGAGCUUCACACGAUCCUCCCACCUGGCCCGGCACCAGCGUGUCCACACCAGGGAGAAGCCACAUCAGUGCUGUGUGUGUGGGAAGAGGUUCACCUACUCCUCCAGCCUGACCCAACACCACCGUAUCCACACUGGGGAGAAGCCACAUCAGUGCUUGGAGUGUGGGAAGAGCUUCACCAAAUCCUCCAAUCUGACCAAACACCACCUCGUCCACACAGGGGAGAAGCUACAUCGGCGCUCAAAGUGUGGGAAGAGCUUCCCCCAAUCCUCCACUCUGGCCCGGCACCAGCGUGUCCACAUGGGGGAAAAGCCACAUCAGUGCUCGGAGGGCGGGAAGGGCUUCAACCUGUCCUCCUCCCUGACCAAACACCAGUUCAUGCACAUGGAGGAGAAGCCACAUCAGUGCUCAGAGUGUGGAAAGCUCUUCAUCCGAUCCUCCAACCUGGCCCAGCACCAGCUUAUCCAUGUCGGGGACAAUCCACUUCGGUGCUUGGAGUGUGGGAAGAUCUUCAUCCGAUCCUCCAAACUGGCCCAGCACCAACUCAUUCACACGCAGGAGAAGCCACAUCAGUGCGUGGAGUGUGGGAAGAGCUUCAGCAACUCCUCCACCCUGACCAAACACCAGCUCAUCCACACCGGGGAGAAGCCACAUCAGUGCCUUGAGUGUGGGAAGAGCUUCACACGAUUCUCCAACCUGACCAAGCACCGGCUCAUGCACACCGGGGAGAAGCCACAUGAGUGCUUGGAGUGUGGGAAGAGCUUCAUCCGAUCCUCCAACCUCACCAAGCACCGGCUCGUGCACACGGGUGAGAAACGAUAUCCGUGCUCGGAGUGUGGCAAGAGCUUCAUUGAAUCCUCCAACCUGACCAAACACUGGCUCAUCCACAUGCGGGAGAAGCCACAGCAGUGCUCAGAGUGUGGGAAGAGCUUCGACCUGUCCUCCUCCCUGACCAACCUCCAGCUCAUGCACACCGGGGAGAAGCCACAUCAGUGCUUGGAGUGUGGCAAGAGCUUCACACGAUCCUCCAACCUCACCAAGCACCGGCUCGUGCACACCGGGGAGAAGCCACACGAGUGCCUGGAGUGUGGGAAGGUCUUCAUCCGAUCCUCCAACCUGACCAAACACCGGCUCAUGCACACAGCGGAAAUACCACAUCAGUGCUUGGAGUGUGGCAAGAGCUUCACACGAUCCUCCAACCUCACCAAGCACCGGCUCGUGCACACCGGGGAGAAGCCACACGAGUGCCUGGAGUGUGGGAAGGUCUUCAUCCGAUCCUCCAACCUGACCCAACACCAGCUCACCCACACGGGCGAGAAGCCACAUCGGUGCUUGGAGUGUGGCAAGAGCUUCAUUGAAUCCUCCACCCUGAGCAAACACCACCUCAUGCACAUGCAGGAGAAGCCACCUCAGUGCUCAUAGCGUGGGAAGAGCUUUUCCUAAUUCUCCUGCCUGGCCCAGCACCAGCUCAUCCACAGGAAAGAGAAGCCACAUCGGUGUUCCCAGUGCAGAAGAUCUCGCCGCGCUCCUCAAAACUGGCCCUGCACCAGUGCAUCCGCUUCCAGGAGCAUCCAUCAUUUUGCCAGCAAUGCAAGAAGGGCUUGGGGACGUCUGCCUGCUCAGCACCCGCCACGGUCUGCAUCCAGGCAAGCAGACUCGUGCUUGGGGCCUGCAGCAAUAGUUCACCCAUCCUUCAUCCCUUCUGGGGCACUGCAGCACCCACAGGACAGAGCCUGGCCCCAAAGUCUGCUGAGAGGGACGGGUUAAAAGGAAACCCCUCAGGCAGAGGCCAGCGCAGGUGCUGGGGGAUCCUGUGAGAUGAUCUUUGCCUUGGAGCCUGUGCCACCUCCCCACCUUCCUCCCUUUCACCCAUUCUCCACAUCAGACUCCUUACUAAUCAUGCCCUGCAACUUAACCUGACAUCCCUGUGCUUGGUCUCUAUGUCCUCUCCAGAGCCCUGAAAUGGGAACAGAGCAGGACCCAGGCUUGCGGGUGUGCUCC